CAUCUCCAUGACGUGCUUGGCCACCAGCUGCAAGUAAAACUUUAUUUGUUGACCGGGAGAUUAUUAACUUUUUAAAGACGCGUACAGAGCCAGCAAAUUGUUCCAAGCCCACGUGAACUGGAAGGGCAUGAUCCACGGAACGCUGCGACACCGCGGGUGACGGAAAAUCUUCGUUUCGCUUUCUUACUAAACUUGAGCGUCAAAGCUGCUUCGAUCUAUGUGCAUAUUCGCAUUUGAGUUUGUCUACACUUCCACUACGUUAGGAGCCGGGUAAAAAGCGAGAUAGCGCGUGAUGCAUCAAAGCUGCUUUACCACACCCAGAAGAACAAAAGUUAAACCCCAUGAAGAUGACUAGCAGCAAGAUCCGCGAUUCGGUCCAGGUUGGAAAUGGACUUCAAGCCGAUUUUCGAGAUCUUCUAAAUACGAAAGACACGCAGACUGAAGAACGGGACGACGUUUCGCAGAUCAGCGGUAACGGAACCGACUAUAGGGAAAGAGAUUAUGAUUCACAAAGAGGAACCACUGCUUCCAAAGGAUCCUUGGUUAUCCCAGAAAUCUCUCACCCUUCCGCACUCGCCAUACGGCUGUAUGCAGUACGAGGGUCCGACAGGCAGCCUGAUGAGGAGCUACAGGAAGUGCUCCGGGCAAAACUCUGCGUCCUGGAGGCUGACAGCAGAGGGAUCAGAACCCUCUUCUCGGAACUUUCUGCCCAGUUGUUGUCCAUCAACAGUGAAGAGGACACCGUAUUUAUAACCUUCAAAUCCUUUGAAGAGUUAUGGAGAUUCCACACACAUUACACAAUGGGCUUCCUUGGCCACUGUAUGGAAAACCUACUUCUAGACCAAGAUUUCUGGCUGAGCUCCUUGGAGCAGGAAAAUGCUGGAAUACAGGCUGUAGUCCAAGAAGAAAUGCUAAAUCGUUUGUACAAAGGGAUUCUUAUACAGGAAGGGUCAUUUUUUGGGCGCUGUACUGCCAACCAGAUGUUUGACAGCUCCACCUCAGGCAGGGACCUGUACCUGGAACAGGGUGACGUUGGCAUCUUCGAGCCACCUUUCAUGGGCUCUGACUGGACUGUACAGUCCCUAGUAGAUGGAUCCAGAGGCACCAAGUGCAGACCAGCUGUGGAACCCAUCAUCCCAUUUCACCAAUGGUUCCUGAAAUCAUGCUGUGAACACAUCCUGGUCGGCCGCGGAAAACUGACCUGUGACUCCCCCUGUCAGUUGGCCACAGGCUCCUGUGUGGCCGUGCGGCAAUCGGACACCAGCAGCCCAGAUGAGCUGAGCUUUGAGCGUGGAGAUGUAAUCCAUGUGGUUGGCUUGCUGGUGUCCUGCCUCCAGUGGUUCCUGGGGAGACAUGAGGGCACAGGAAGCCUCGGGCUUGUUAGAACCAGCUUUGUCAAGUCUGCCAGCUCCCUCCGUGAAUCUCUGGAAAUAUUUUUGGAAGACGAGGACGGGCUGCUUUUGAGCGUGACGCCGGAGCGUGUGAAAUCCGAGGCUUUAACGCUGCUGAAGGAAACCUGCCGGAAUGACGUCGGCGCCAUCUACAGGCUGGAUCUGAUUGAAGUAUCUGAUUUUCCGAAAGGAAGUCCUCAAAAUCCAUCCUCUGAGGAAGACAUCGUUUUAGAACGUGAGGAACUCAGAACCAAAGUAGACAGGGUUCUGAAAGAACUGAGCACGCUAGAAGAUGAUACUGUACCGCCCAAGGAGGUGGAGACUUCUCUGGAGGGUAAUGAUGAGGGAGACCAGGAAGCAGGAGGAGAAGGCGGCUCGGUGUGCUUCUCCGUGUCUGUCACCGAGGACGGGCAUGACCCUGAAGGUGUCCUGCCCCUGCUCUCCUUCCUUAACGUCAGGCACUAUCAACCACAGUUUGCUGACCUCUACCACUUCUCCCUGAAGUUUGUCUGCUCACUAUUCCUGGGCCAUUCAGGCGAGGAGGAGCUGGUGGCCUAUCUAGGCGCAGCCAGAGAAACAGCCCGCAAGAGGAGGCUCUUCUGGGCCCAGAGUCGGCUUUGCUUCCUCCUGGGCAAGCUCUGUGCUCGUAGGGUCAAACUCUCCCAGGCCCGUGUCUAUUUCGAGGAGGCGCUGGGCAUCACCAGGGAAGACUUUGCGGACUGGCACCUGUUGACCGCCAUCCACGCCAACCUGGCCGUCAUCUACCUCACGCAGAAGAACACGGAGAAGUAUGUCGACUCUUCGGAGCGAGUGGCCGCCCUGCGGAUGGGAGUCAGUGAGCACGUCUGCAGUACGGGGAGGGAGCCGCAGGUUCUGCGCUACGCCCUGAAGAAGGCCGUGCUGGCGGGGAGCAAGGCCGCCGAGGCCAGGCUCUGCUUCCUCCUGGCUAAGCUUCACUGCACGCUUGGGGAGAGCUGGAGCGCCGUGCCCUUUGUCGAGAGGCUCCAGGUCCUGAUGGAGGAACUUGCAGGGGCUGGUAAGCUUCCACCCAGCCAUGGUUACUUGGCGUUGGGCAGGCUGUACUCUGAAGGCGGCCUCCCACACCUGGCUACCAGCUCCCUGAGACGGGCCUCGCUCCACCCAUCUGCCUCCCUGGAGACCCACCUGAGUGCGAUCAGCUUUGUUCUGGAGAAGCAGGCUGAGUGCAUCCCGCCACAGGCGGCACCCUACCUGCGGAGGGCGCUGGCGCUCACAGAAAACACGGCGGAGCGAUCCCUUCGCCAGACUGCCUCCAUGUGCCUGUCCUACCUACUGCAGGGGCAGGGUCUCCUGGACGAUGCACUCCACUGCAUGGGCACUCUGCUGGACGGCGGACUGAGCAAAACCCCUGGGGAUGCCACGGAUAUGCUUCUAUUUCUGGCGUGGCUGUACAUCCGCAACCGGCAGCCACUGCAUGCCCUGCAUGUGCUGGAAGGCCUCCUGGACAUCCAGCACAUUCAGGGCGUCGUCCAGAACAUGCGCGCCAUAGCGCUCCGUCACGUGGGUGACGCCAAGCGGGCCGCUGCCAGCUACCGUUCCGCGCUGGACGCCGGCGAGGAGAUUGGCUCCCUACGCAACUCGGCCGUGGCACUGGCCAAUCGUGGGCUGCUGUACUGGCACGUGGGGGCGGAGACUCUGGGCGAGGCCAGCCUGCUUCGCGCAGUGGAGACGUUCUCGCAGUUGAAGGAUGAGGGCCAUGAAGGGGACUUCUUCUGCGUGCUCCUGGAGCUCGGCCACUUCUACGUGAGCCGGGGGCAGCUGGGACUGGAGAAAGGAAAGCUGUACUACGAGUGGGCACUUCUUACUGCCAUCAACUCUGGCAACCUGCACUGCCAGCUGCAGGCGUGCCGCUGCCUGUGCCACUUCUACCGCACGCUGUGCCCUGAUGCCGCCCAGAGCAUCAUCUACAACGAGCGGCAGCUGGUCCUGCUGCGCCGCAUGGGCCUCCGGAGCCACGAGGGUGACGUCCUGGAAACCAUCAGCGAGCUUUACAUGGGCUUGGGCACAGACAGGGCCUACCGAGCCGCCCUGGACCACACCAAAAGCAGCCUGGGUCUCUUUAUCGACCUGCACAGGAAGGAGAAGGAGGCAUUUGCCUGGCUGAAGGCAGGAAAGAUCUACCACAUCCUGGGGCAAGACGAAUUGGUGGACCUCUACCUACAGGCCACCCAGGACUCCGGUCUAAGCACAGGGAACACGGCCUUCCUUCUGGGGCUGCUGGAGGUGGCUGGGGACUUGUUCUUCAACAGCACACGGGACAGAGACAAGGCUCUGUCUUUCUACAGGGACCGGGCUCUACCCAUUGCGAUCCGGACGGGUGAAACUCAAUCCCAACUGCGGCUCUGCAACAAGCUGACAGAACUGCUGAUGCACAUGCAGCUGCACAGAGAUGCAGUGGAGUUCGCCCAGGCCUCCCUGGACCUCAGCAUCACCUUAGGAGAGCAUCUGAACGAACGUGUGGCUUUCCAUAGACUCGGUACACUGUAUCACCAACUGGGCCAGUUUGAACUAGCCGAACACUACUACCUGAAAGCCCUGUCACUCUGCCCGUCACCCCUGCAGUUCGAUGAGGAGACCCUGUACUAUGUCAGGGUUUACCUCACGCUUGGGGACAUCAUCUUCUAUGACCUCAAGGACCCCUAUGAUGCGGCUGGGUAUUACCACCUGGCCUUGGCUGCCGCCAUGGACUUGGGGAAUAAAAGAGCCCAGCUGAAGCUUUGCACGCGCCUGGCCACCAUCUACCACAACUUCCUGGUGGACCGCGAGCUCUCGCUCUUCUUCUACCAGAGGGCGCGAGGCUUCGCCACCGAACUUAACCUGCGGCGGAUUAACCUGUCGCCCGAGCAGCACUUCUGCAGCACGUCUCGGUACAGGACCGGCGCCACCUAGCGGCGGCACAGGCGCCACAGUCAGCACGCCGUGGAAACGCACUGGCACGCACGCGUGCUUUACUGAAUUGGACCUAUUGUGGUGUAACAGUGUGACUCACUCUCUCGGUGGGUCCUCAGAAUACGCUGAAAAAUCCAGCAAUGUGAAAUUCUGUCAUAAUUUCAUACUAUUUUAAGGUUUGAUCUGACAUCACGUAUAUUAACUGCAGCAGGAGUAUGUAAUUACAAACAAUUAAUCUAUCAGCA